GAGUAUAAAGCAGAGAUGAAGUGCACUUGGACUGCAGAAAGCAGCAGGAUGAGGAGUAGCGUGCAGCUAGGGCUGCUGUGUCUCAGCCUGCUCAUCUCCAGUCUUCAUGGAGAAGAAGAAGAAGACAAGAGCAUGGAAUAUCCAUUGCAUUUUGAUGAGCCAGAGCUUCAUCAGUUUGAGAUGUACAGAGUACGACGACAGACAGUCUCCACAGAGAAGGAAAAUCCAGUAAAGACUGUAGCUGUUGUGCAACCAAGUGAGAACAGGAAGACUAAGAGAAAACGGCCUCGUCCAGGAGGUCUCACUCCUUUAGGAGACAGUGCAGAUCCAACGAUACACAUCUAUCACCGCACCAAGAGACAAGAAAAAAGCAGGAAUAACAAACGGAAAAAGCGUCCCGGAAGUCAGAGCCUUUUAGCAAGCAUUGGAGUUUUACCGCGGCCUCAGCAGACUGCCAAAGUCAAGAGGGAUGCCGAAUGAAAAAAUUUAAGCAUUAUAUGUGUUCAAGGCUCCUUCCCAGGUUCCCUGAAUCAGGAAAAAAGGAAUAUAUCACCAUGUUUCAUAAAGAGUGUUUCAGGCUCAGGUUAUGCUUGUGAUAAUCAUUUAUAUUUCUACAGCUUUUCUUUUCCAAGUAUAUUUUGGUUAAGUAGUAAUCUCUAUGCAAAAUAAAAUGUAUUUACUGAAUUCUCA